AUGGAAGAGCUAAGAAAAUCGAUUAUCAAAUAAGAAGAAGAGAAGAUGAAUAAUAAAUUAACAUUAUUGGAAUAAUCAGUUGGAUUUCCAUUAAAUGAAUAUAUGAACCAAGACUUCGUUAACAAAAUCCCAGAAGAUAGUUUUUUAUGGUACAUUUUCUGA